AUGAGUGUUUAUGUGAUACAUGUAGCAUUUAGUUGCUUUCCUGUCUUACUUUUUUACAGAUGGCCUCCAAUUGUCAGGUAUCCGUGUCCCGUGUACAGCGCAAAAUAUUUCCAUAGUGUUGUUUGUUUGCUGCUGUUCUUGUUUCCUUUUAUUAUAUUUCUCAACAGUGGUGCUCCGAAAGAAAGUAUGUGCGCUGGGCGGGAUUGUUCCCCAGCCUUAAAUGUGCUGGCUGGGCCUCCCACAGAUAAUGGAAAACAGCCCCCACCACCUGCCGGAUAUGGUCAACCCCCACCACCUGCCGGAUAUGGUCAACCCCCACCACCUGCCGGAUAUGGUCAACCCCCACCACCUGCCGGAUAUGGUCAGCCCCCACCACCUGCCGGAUAUGGUCAACCCCCACCACCUGCCGGAUAUGGUCAACCCCCACCACCUGCCGGAUAUGGUCAACCGCCGUGUGGCGUUUACAAACCACCGGAUGACUAUGCUGAAGUGCAAAAGUGGGAAGGGGAGAACGAAUGGGAAACGAGUAUGUUGGGGGCACCUUGCAGUGAGCCACUGUUCUGCCUUGGUGCCUGUUGUUGCCCAUGGUGCUGUGCGUUCUUGCAACGGAAGAAGCUGUUGGAAAAUGAUUGGUCUCGUUAUUUGUGUUGUGCUGGACUUUGUGGCGACAGGAAUUGCUGUGUCUGCGAAGGCUGUGAGCCGUGCUGUUUGUGCCUGGAGUCUUGCUUUUGCCUCCCCUGUGCCGCUCACGGUAAUCGUUUCAUGGUUCUUCAGCACUACAAUUUGCAAAAUGAUUGUUGUGAUUCGGUCAUCAUUUGGUGUGCCUAUUUGUGCAGUUGUCUGGCUUGUCUACUGAACGAUGAAUCCCUUAAAACCAUUGCAGAUGUUUUCUUCUACAUUGUUAUUGGUUGCAUGUUAAGCCAGCAUCAACAUCAAAUGAAGAAACAAGGAUAUCCAAGAGAGCAAACAAUGGAAUAG